AUGAAGAUCCGUCUCCUCUUGAUUGUCCCGAAUCUUCGUGAUUCGGACUCCGCCUAUAGCGGCGAUUCUUUACUAGGUGAUGAUACGAAGACGCUCUCGACGUAUAUAACAGAAUAUCGAUAUGAAUUUGGCCGUCGCUACCACUCCUAUCACGAUGGCGCAUACUGGGGCCCGAACGACGAAGUUGCGAACGAAUUCCAAGAUCUUGCUCACCAUAUGUACCUCUUGACGCUGGACGGAAAGCUACACCUUGCCCCAAUCGAUUCUCCGCAGGAAAUCCUCGAUGUGGGCACAGGUACGGGAGUUUGGGCAGUGGACAUGGCCGAUGAACAUCCCAGUGCGAAAGUAACUGGAGUCGAUCUUUCUCCCAUCCAGCCGGUGUUUGUACCCCCUAACUGCGUGUUCGAGAUCGACGAUAUCACCCUCCCCUGGACGUACGCUUCGAAUCAAUUCGACUUCAUUCAUGUCCGUGAGAUGUUCGGCUGUGUACCAGACUGGGAUGAGUUCUUUCGGCAAUGCUGGCGUUGCUUGAGGCCGGGUGGUUUCAUCGAGGUAGUGGAGCACGCAGUCCAACCGACCAGUGAUGACGGAAGCAUGGGUCCCGAUCAUUUCUAUCACCUAUGGGGGAAGACGGUGGUGCAAUCCGGUGAGAAAUUUGGUAAAAGUUUCACCAUCUGGGAGGAGAGUGCCGCCCGUCUCAAGAAGGCCGGGUUUAUCGGGGUGGUUGAGACGGAAUAUAAAUGGCCUAUGAACGGAUGGAGCACUGACAGAAAGUUGCAUGAUCUGGGCCGCUGGAAUCAACUUCGGCUGCACGGUGGGAUAGAAGGAUACAUGCUGCGUCUUCUUACUUCCACACUCAAGUGGUCGUACGAGCAGGCCCAGGUAUUUCUAGCUCAAAUGCGUGCUUCGCUACGAGACUACAAAAUCCAUGCUUAUCUUCCCGGUACUGUUGUUUAUGCUCAAAAGCCUAAGUCCCCGGCUUUUCAUUGACAAUAACGAGCGCGCAUGAAAUAAUUUUGCGGACUGUUUAAUUUUCUGGAGCAGAGCGACUGGAUACCCUUCUUGCUGUUAUUUUUGCUCGUCGGUUAUUUGUUUACCUUGGUUAUAUUAAUUUAAUCGGCUCGGUUUCUUGGUUUUACUGUCUAUUUUAUCUUUAUGGCUUGGGCUUUUAUAGCUACUGGGUACCUACUAAUGGGUGUUGGAAAAUUGCAAGCUCUCCUCUGGGUGGAUGGCUGUGAACCAGAACGUGAGAUAUCAGCAUCCAGCCGAAAAAUAUAUAUCAAAAUACCAGCUCACCGCAGUUGACCAAAAC